UUUUCAAUUCCGCUUCCAUCCGCGCAGCUGAGCAGCCGGCGGGGAACGCCCCCUCCGGUGCUCAGCUCGACAGUGGCUGGGAGGCGCAGGCAGCUCCCGGGUGCUGAUCCAAGAGGACUUAACAGACCUCGACCCCCGCGGGGCUGCCCGGUGGAAUCCGGGGAGUCUCUGGCUCUCCUGCCCUCGCCGAGAUGCACAACUCGUCGCUCUUGGAGCCCGGCGGGGGCAAUGCGUCCUGCGGCGACUUGGUUCAGGGCUGUCCCAACGGGUCGAACCCGGAGCCUCUGCCGCUGCCUCAGCCGCUGGCCGUGGCAGUGCCCGUCGUCUACGCGGUGAUCUGCGUGGUGGGACUGGCGGGCAACUCGGCGGUGCUCUACGUGCUCCUGCGCUCGCCGCGCAUGAAGACCGUCACCAACGUGUUCAUCCUCAACCUGGCGAUCGCCGACGAGCUCUUCACCCUCGUGCUGCCCAUCAACAUCGCGGACUUCCUGCUGAGGCGCUGGCCCUUCGGGGAGGUCAUGUGCAAGCUCAUUGUGGCCGUGGACCAGUACAACACCUUCUCUAGCCUCUACUUCCUCGCCGUCAUGAGCGCGGACCGCUACCUGGUGGUUCUGGCCACCGCCGAGUCCCGGCGAGUGUCCGGGCGCACGUACCGCGCUGCGCGUGCCGUCAGCCUGGCGGUGUGGGCGCUGGUGACCCUGGUGGUGCUGCCCUUUGUCGUCUUCGCUCAGCUGGACGAGGAGCAGGGCAGGCGCCAGUGCGUGCUGGUUUUCCCGGAGCCCGAGGCCUUCUGGUGGCGCGCCAGCCGUCUGUACACGCUGGUGCUGGGCUUCGCCAUCCCGGUGUCCGCCAUCUGCGCCCUCUACACCACCCUGCUGUGCCGGCUGCGUGCGAUCCAGCUGGACAGCCACGCCAAGGCCCUGGACCGUGCCAAGAAGCGCGUGACCCUGCUGGUGGCGGCCAUCCUGGCUGUGUGCCUCCUCUGCUGGACGCCUUACCACCUGAGCACCAUCGUGGCGCUCACCACCGACCUCCCGCAAACGCCCCUGGUCAUCGGAAUCUCUUACUUCAUCACCAGCCUGAGUUACGCCAACAGCUGCCUCAACCCCUUCCUCUACGCCUUCCUGGACGACAGCUUCCGCAGGAGCCUCCGGCAGCUGGUGUCCUGCCGCGCCGUCGCCUGAUACCCUCUCCAUCCGAGAGGGUGGAGCCUUGUUCACGGGAACCCCGGGAGCAGCCCCCGACUUCGUGAGGCCCCGUCCCGGCUUGCAGACCCGCAGGGCCUACCCAGAACUGAUCCCGGAGUUGCCCAGUCCCGAGGUGGGGCCAGGGAAUACCGAGCCGAGGACAGCUUGGGCCAGGACACCGCCCUGGCUUCCUCCUACAGCUGAGAGCAGGGCUUGACCCUUGACCUUAGGGUGAGUGGCAGGACA